CUUGAUUUCCAGGAAGAGUUCACAUCCCUGGGGAACCCAUGCAAGAUUACACCAGAAGAGUAUUUUAGUGCAAAUGUGGACCUUGAAGGCAGGGACAUUGGAAGACCAAAGGAAAUAACCACGAAAAUACAGAAGUUCAGGGCGACGCUGUGGCUCUGCGAAGAUUACCCACUCAGUCUACAAGAGCAAAUUAUGCCCAUAGUAGAUCUGAUGGCUAUCUCCAGCUCGCACUUCGCCAAGCUCAAGAACUUUAUACAGAUGCAACUUCCCGCUGGUUUUCCCAUCAAGAUAGAAAUUCCACUGUUCCACGUCCUGAAUGCUCGAAUCACAUUCGGGAACAUCUUCGCAAUGGAUGAGGCGGUGGCAGGAGUCAGCAGAAUAGAGGAGAGCAGUCGGAUGUCCUGUUCCUUGGACGACUCCUGUUUUGAGCCCCCUGCUUCCUACACACUAAUGGGGGCCGACAUGAGAAGACAGAUCAGUCUGGAGGAGGAUGACGACAUGUUGCAGUACGCCAUCACCCAGAGUCUGCUGGAGGCUGGUAGUGAAGAGGAUCAGGUUGACAUAUGGGAAGCACUGCAGGUCCAGAGGCCAAACACUCCUGGAUACACUCCUGACGACGAAGAGAAAGCUCUUCAAAGAGCCAUACAGGCCAGCCUGUCUGCGUACCAAGACCUGGACCCCGAACUGCUGCGGUGUGAUCAGCUGUCGCAGCAGCAAAGAGAGGAAGAAGAGCGACAACUGAAACUCGAGCAAGAGACACUGGACCAUGUGCUCAAGUUGUCACUCGAGGAGAAAAUGACGCUCUUCUGGCUG